UCAAUGGCGCGCCUGUCGGAAUACGGCAGUGACAAGAAGAUGGCGGAGGGAGGUAAUGAUGCUGAGCUACUCAAGGAGAAGGCGAAUAAGUACUUUAAAGAGAAAGACUAUGAAAAUGCAAUCAAGUACUACACAGAGGCCCUGGAGCUCAAUCCAUCCAAUGCCAUCUACUACAGCAACCGGAGCCUGGCGUACCUGCGCACAGAGUGCUAUGGCUACGCCCUGGCUGAUGCUACGAAGGCCCUGGAGAUAGACAAGAACUACAUUAAAGGAUAUUACCGCCGUGCCACGUCCAACAUGGCACUGGGAAAGUUUAAGGCUGCGCUUAAGGACUAUGAGACGGUAGUGAGGGUUCGACCAAACGACAAGGAUGCAACGAUGAAGUAUCAGGAAUGUAGUAAGAUUGUAAAACAGAAGGCUUUUGAGAGAGCGAUCGCCAGCGAUGAGACGAAGAAAUCUGUUGUUGAUUCUCUGGAUAUUGAAAAUAUGACGAUUGAGGAUGACUACGUGGGCCCCAAACUCGAAGAUGGGAAGGUCACAUUGACGUUCAUGAAGGAGAUGAUGGAUUGGUUCCAAGACCAGAAGAAACUGCACAGAAAGUGUGCUUAUCAGAUUUUGGUACAAGUUAAAGACGUUCUAUCAAAGCUACCAAGUCUUGUGGAAAUCACGCUAAAAGAGUCAGAAAAAAUAACUAUUUGUGGUGACACCCACGGGCAAUACUACGAUCUCCUCAACAUCUUCAAGUUGAAUGGCUUACCUUCAGAGACCAACCCCUAUCUUUUCAACGGUGACUUCGUGGAUCGCGGCUCUUUCUCCCUCGAGGUCAUUCUCACGCUCUUCGGCUUCAAGCUCCUCUUCCCUGACAACUUCCACUUGCUCAGAGGUAACCACGAGACGGACAACAUGAACCAGAUGUACGGGUUCGAAGGGGAGGUUAAAGCCAAGUACACAGCCCAGAUGUUCCAGCUGUUCAGCGAGGUCUUCCAGUGGCUGCCUCUUGCACAGUGCAUCAACAACAAAGUAUUGAUAAUGCACGGUGGACUGUUCAGUGAAGACGGAGUCACAUUGGACGAUCUCAGGAAGAUUGACAGGAACAGACAGCCUCCAGACUCAGGUCCUAUGUGUGACCUUCUCUGGUCAGAUCCACAACCCCAGAACGGCCGGUCGAUCAGUAAACGGGGCGUGAGCUGUCAGUUCGGGCCGGACGUGACGGAGCGCUUCCUGGAACAGAACAAGCUGGACUUCAUCGUGCGGAGUCAUGAGGUCAAAGCUGAGGGCUACGAGGUCACUCACUCAGGGAAGUGCAUCACCGUGUUCUCAGCACCCAACUACUGUGAUCAGAUGGGAAACAAAGGAGCUUAUAUCCACCUCAGGGGAUCUGAUCUUAAGCCAGAAUUUCACCAGUUCACUGCUGUGCCUCAUCCGAAUGUCAAGCCCAUGGCGUACGCUAACACGCUAAUGCAGUUGGGGAUGAUGUAGAGGCCACGGCGGUCUGUCUGCGACACUGACCACCUCCCAUCUGACCCCAACCAUCCCGGCCACCUCACUCCUUCCAGCGCUUGGACAUGCUCUCCAUCAGGCUUCGUCUAAGGGGUCGCUGUCUGUGACAAACGACCACUAGCUGUUAGCGGAUAGCGAUCACUUAGACCAGCCCGGCUCUUCACCGGGUCCCUACUUUGGUAUCAUUGGUUAAAACUGGGGAAAAAAAAACAAAC